AUGGCCGACUACGAUUCAGAUUCCUCGGAAGGCGAGUUUGAAGAGACCAAUGUGCUCUUGGGCUACGCCUCGAAAGAGGCUGACGAUGAAGAUAUCAUCAGCCGUCUAGGUGGCCGACCUGACUGGCUAGACCCUGAGAAGCCGCCUUCGGCUGCCCUGGCGCGAUGCAAAGUUUGCAGUGAUAUGAUGGUGCAGCUUCUGCAACUAAAUGGCGAGCUCCCUGAAAAGUUCCCCGGUCACGAACGACGCCUACAUGUCUUCGGCUGUCGCAGGUCGAACUGUAGACGACGGGAUGGAACAGUGCGAGUAUUGAGGGGUGUCAGAGUUUUCAAGCAAGAGGCCCCAAACCCCGCAAAAGAAGAAAAGAAAGAGCAGCCAAAGGCUGAGGAAGCGAAGCCAGUAGCACUCGGUGACGCACUCUUUGGAGCCUCCAGCUUCGGGAGAGGUGGUUCUGCCAACCCUUUUGGGGGAGGUGGUGGCACUGGCAGCGCAAACCCAUUUGCCAAGCCCAGCGAACCUGAGGAGAAGGAAGAGGAGAAACCGAAACCACAAGAAGUCUCGACGGCUGGACUCACAAAGUCCUUUGCCGAGACCCUGGCACUCAACGUCCCGCCUGCGCAACCACCGCCACCACCAGAGCCCUGGCCGACGGAGGACAAGAUGCCGAAGCCCUACCCGACGCUCUUCCUAGCCGACGCCGAUUACGAGACGCUCGAUCCUAAACCUACCAACGUUCCCGCAAAUGCACGCGUGGAAGCGGCCGACGCGGAGGAGCCGUCCGCCAUUGAUCGCGAGGCCUUCGAAUCAAGCAUGGACGCUGCGUUCCAGAAGUUUGCCGACAGACUGGCUCAGAACCCCGAGCAGGUGAUUCGAUACGAAUAUGCUGGAACACCGCUACUGUACAGCAAAACAGAUGCGAUCGGCAAGAAGCUGGCUUCGGGCAGAGGCAUCCCAGGAUGCGCUAACUGCGGUGGCCGAAGGACAUUCGAGGUACAGCUCACACCGCAAGCCAUCGUUGAGUUGGAAGGGGACGACAUGAGCCUUGAUGGUAUGGAGUGGGGGACAAUCAUCGUCGGUGUCUGCGAAAGAGACUGCAGACCACGAGACACGGAGCUUGGACAAGCAGGGUAUCUGGAGGAAUGGGCAGGGGUGCAAUGGGAGGAGCUUGCGAAAGAGUAG